CACCGCUUCUUCCAAUGCAAUAGCUGCUGGACCCCAGGCAGGACCAUGAGGACCUCACAUUGGGAAACAAGAGGAGCCCUUCUUCUCCCCGUCACACCACUACCUUGAGUCCCACCAGCGCAGGACCUCAUCUGCAAGGACCAUGGCAGGGGGUCGGAGAGGGCUGGUUGCUCCUCAAAAUACAUUUUUGGAGAACAUUGUCCGGAGAUCUAAUGAUACCAAUUUUGUCCUGGGUAAUGCCCAGAUUGUGGAUUGGCCUAUCGUCUACAGCAAUGAUGGGUUCUGCAAGCUUUCUGGAUACCACAGAGCAGAAGUUAUGCAAAAAAGUAGCACAUGCAGCUUUAUGUACGGGGAGCUGACAGACAAAGACACCAUCGACAAAGUUCGGCAGACGUUUGAGAACUACGAAAUGAAUUCUUUUGAAAUUCUAAUGUACAAAAAAAACAGGACGCCGGUGUGGUUCUUUGUCAAAAUUGCUCCGAUUCGAAACGAACAGGACAAAGUGGUAUUAUUUCUUUGCACUUUCAGUGACAUCACUGCUUUCAAACAACCGAUCGAGGAUGAUGCAACAAAGGGCUGGGGAAAGUUGGCAAGAUUAACAAGAGCACUAACAAGUAGUCGAGGUGUCCUCCAGCAGCUCGCGCCCACCGUCCACAAAGGAGAGAAUGUUCAUAAGCACUCGCGGCUUGCAGAGGUGUUGCAACUCGGCUCUGAGAUUCUUCCACAAUACAAACAAGAGGCACCUAAGACCCCGCCACAUAUCAUUUUACAUUACUGUGUUUUCAAGACCACCUGGGAUUGGGUUAUUUUAAUAUUAACCUUCUAUACUGCCAUCUUGGUUCCUUAUAAUGUGUCAUUCAAGACCAAACAGAACAACGUAGCCUGGCUUGUGGUGGACAGCAUUGUGGAUGUAAUUUUUCUGGUGGACAUUGUCCUUAAUUUUCACACUACCUUCGUUGGACCUGCUGGGGAAGUGAUAUCGGACCCAAAACUUAUUCGCAUGAACUACCUGAAAACGUGGUUUGUGAUUGACCUCUUGUCCUGUUUACCCUAUGAUGUCAUCAACGCCUUUGAAAAUGUGGAUGAGGGUAUUAGCAGCCUUUUCAGUUCAUUGAAGGUAGUGAGACUCCUCCGACUAGGACGCGUGGCUCGAAAACUGGAUCAUUACAUUGAGUAUGGAGCAGCCGUCUUGGUCCUGUUGGUCUGCGUGUUUGGUCUGGCAGCACAUUGGUUGGCUUGCAUCUGGUACAGCAUUGGAGAUUAUGAGGUCAUUAAUGAGGACACCAUAAGAAACGAAAGCUGGCUCUUUCAGUUAGGAAUGUCCAUUGGAGCUCCUUAUCGCUUCAACUUGUCGGGUUCUGGGAAAUGGGAAGGAGGACCCAGCAAGGAUUCUGUUUACAUUUCUUCAUUGUAUUUUACCAUGACUAGUCUCACCAGUGUUGGAUUUGGAAAUAUUGCACCUACGACAGAUGGAGAGAAAAUCUUUGCCGUGGCCAUGAUGAUGAUUGGAUCACUUCUAUAUGCAACCAUUUUUGGUAACGUGACAACCAUCUUCCAACAAAUGUACGCCAACACCAAUCGGUACCACGAAAUGUUAAACAGCGUUCGGGAUUUCCUUAAACUCUACCAGGUUCCCAAAGGGCUGAGCGAACGCGUCAUGGAUUAUAUUGUGUCAACGUGGUCGAUGUCGAGAGGAAUUGAUACAGAAAGAGUUCUGCAGAUUUGCCCCAAAGACAUGCGAGCAGACAUCUGUGUGCACCUAAACCGCAAAGUUUUCAAAGAGCACCCGGCUUUUCGAUUAGCUAGUGAUGGAUGCCUACGAGCUCUGGCGAUGGAAUUUCAAACCGUUCACUGUGCCCCAGGGGAUUUAAUUUACCACGCGGGGGAGAGUAUAGACACUCUGUGCUUUGUGGUUUCUGGCUCUUUGGAAGUAAUCCAGGAUGAUGAAGUUGUUGCUAUUUUGGGUAAAGGUGAUGUAUUUGGGGACGUAUUCUGGAAAGAGACCACCCUGGCUCCGUCCUGUGCAAACGUUAGGGCCUUGACUUACUGUGAUCUCCACGUCAUCAAAAGGGACGCUUUACAGAAAGUCUUGGAGUUCUACACUGCUUUCUCGCACUCGUUUUCCCGAAACCUGAUCCUCACCUAUAACCUGCGGAAAAGGAUUGUGUUCAGGAAGAUAAGUGAUGUGAAACGCGAGGAAGAAGAAUGGAUGAAAAGCAAAAAUGAAGCACCCUUGAUUCUUCCACCGGACCAUCCAGUCCGACGGCUCUUUCAGAGGUUUAGACAGCAAAAAGAAGCCCGACUGGCAGCAGAGAGGGGCGUAAGAGACCCCAACUUCCGAGAUAUAGAGAAAGGAAACAUCCUGGUAGAACAUUCUGCUCGGAAUACAAUCAAAGCCAGCCUUGUCACGGUAACAGAAAGCCCCGCUACUCCAAUAUCAUUCCAGACAGCUUCGACCUCUGGGGUGUCAGACCGUGCCAAGCUGCACGCUCCAGUAUUAGAAAGCACUGGAGGUAAAGUGCCCGGGGAAUUUGUUAAAAGAAAAGGGUGGGCCAGGUUUAGAGAUGCAUGUGGGAAAGGGGAGGACUGGAACAAGGUGUCCAAAGCCGAGUCCAUGGAGAUAUUACCCGAAAGAACUAAACCCCCAGGAGAGGUUACGUUAAAGAAGACAGAUUCAUGUGACAGCGGCAUUACCAAAAGUGAUUUACGAUUAGACAGUAUUGGGGAAACUAGAAGUCCUCAGGAUCGAAGUCCUGUGCAGACAGAGGUUAAACACACUUUUUAUCCUAUUCCAGAACAGACUCUCCAUGCCACGGUGUUAGAAGUGAAGCAUGAGUUAAAAGAAGAUAUUAAAGCCUUGAACUCAAAAAUGACAAAUAUCGAAAAACAGCUCGCAGAGAUACUAAGGAUAUUAGCGUCGAGAAGGUGCUCUCAAUCACCACAAGAAAUAUUUGAAAUAUCAAGGCCUCAGUCGCCUGAAUCAGAAAGGGACAUAUUUGGCUCAAGCUAAGAUGUACUUUGAGAAUAGAGUUUGUAAUGAAAAAAGUAUAUAACGGGUUCGGUAGACAGUCUAGAACUCAGUGUUCUAAAACGGCAACAUGAUUCAAGACCAUUACCCAGUCAAGAGUCGCCAUGUUACGUGUGGCGGAAGUGGGUCGUGUCUCCACCACUAACGAGCAGCUUGAGAGGAAACAGAUACUGAAAUAAAGAAAGUUUAUAGAACGUUUAGUCGUUUAGCUCUGUCUCUCAGUGCCUCACUGGGAAGUUUAAAGGUGCAGUCACUCUAAAUAAAA